AUGCGGCCGCCAGUCCCGUCCAGAGCUUUCUUUCGGCAAGUCUCCACUAAGCACGGCCCGUAUAUCGUUUCUUGUCUGCCUACGAAGUCCCAACGCUUGUCGAAGAUCCCCAAUCGGACGCUCCAGCUUUCUUCAACUUGUCCACGCUUCCUUGGCCUUCGUAUACACAGACAGUAUUCCACAGCUUCAGCGCAGUCUCAAUCAUCUAAACCCUACCUACUUUUACGUCGCAUUGUCGGAUUCACGGCCAUUGCCAUUGUCGCAUUUUCUACCGGACUCGCUUAUCAGACUCAGAAGACCGUAGCGCGCAUGAUGGCUGCCAGCCUGCCCACCGACGAGGAAACCCUCACUGCCUUUGUACCCUCCGAUGAGUUCACGAAGGAGGUCGAGGACUAUAUUUACAAUCAUCCUGUGACACUUGCUUUACGCCAAAACCCGGCUUACACCGAAUCGCGACCACAUUUGAAGAUCCCGCAAGAAUUGCGUGCGCGUCAUCUAACGGCUGGUAUCCUUGCGACCCCAGGCGGAAUUGUGGUGCCGCCUUAUGUUUUCUGCGAGGAGGACGGAAAGAGUCUGACCGCCAUCUUUUACCUUGGCUCAGAUGUGUCCGGUCAUCCUGGCAUUGUGCACGGGGGUCUUUUGGCCACACUGCUGGAUGAGUCCAUGGCCCGGUGCUGCUUCCCCGCGUUGCCAAACAAAGUGGGUGUGACGGCCAAUCUGAACAUUGACUACCGACGCCCGGCGAUGGCCAACAACUAUGCUGUCUUGAAGGCGAAGACGGUCAAGGUGGAGGGUCGGAAGGCUUGGGUUGAGGCGCACAUCGAAACUCUUCCGGAGGAUGGUAAAGAGCCAGCCGUACUGGUGGAAGCAAAGGCUCUGUUUGUUGAACCCAAGCAGGCUGCGGCCAUGGCGAGUCUGUACAAAGUUACCAACUAUCCGCAAUAUCACAUUUGUGACGCCAAAACAUGGCCCACCGCCUCCGUCGACGGACCUUCCGAUGACCGCCAGCUCCAAGCUCCAUACAACCAGACCUCCAACGUCCGCCGAGCUUUCUAUCUGACUACCUCACUCCCUUUUGCUCGGUCCGUCCUGAAUCGUAUCCCCGGCACCAUGUCCAAGUCGAACAAGUACCUUCUCGUCUCGCUCCCCACAUCCAUCACUCCCUCCCACCACCGCGAUGACGCUCUCGAUGCUAUUUCUGCCACGGUAUCGCCAGACAAUGGCUCCGUAGCACCCUUCCCCAUCCCGGAAUUCAAGAUCGGUACCCUCGACGCUCUUGUGCAGCAGGCCGAUGAGCUGGCGAAACUCGAAGCUUCUUGCCAAGGUGUCGUCGCCAAGGUCGGAGAUGCGUUGAAGAGCGUUCUCGAGGGAGAUGAAGAGCAGAUCGAUAAGAUGAAGACUGUCAAUGACAAGCCCGUUGAUCAGUAUCUGAGGACAUUCUCGUGGAACAAGGUCAAGUAUCGCGCUGAUAAGCCGCUGGGAGAGUUGAUCGAUCUUCUGCAGAAGGAAGCUGUUAGUAUCGACAAUGACGUUCGGUCCAAGUACUCUCAAUACAACCAGGUGAAGAAUACGCUGGCGACUCUUCAACGCAAACAAACAGGAAACCUCUCCACCAAGUCCCUCGCAUCAGUCGUUGAUCCCCGCACCCUUGUCCGCGAUUCCGAAUAUAUCGAAACGCACCUCGUCGCCGUACCCGCUCAGCAAGUGAAGGAAUUCCUCAAGACAUAUGAGACCGUAGCACCCAUGGUCGUCCCCCGAUCCGCAACCCUUGUGGCAUCAGAUGACGAGUUCACGCUCUAUGCCGUUACGACGUUCAAGAAGCACAGCCCGGAGUUCGUCCACCGGUGUCGUGAGCACAAGUGGAUCCCACGCGAUUUCAAGUAUGUAGAAGGCGGAAAGGAAGAAGAGCGAAAGGAGGUCGAACGCGUGGGCGGGGACGAGCGCAAGCUCUGGGGUGAGACUCUUCGGCUUGGACGGACAGCGUGGAGUGAGGCCGUGAUGGUUUGGAUCCAUGUGCUUGUUCUGCGGGUAUUUGUUGAGACCGUCCUACGGUAUGGUCUGCCGCUGGAUUUCGUCUGCACGAUCAUCAGAACGCAAUCCUCGAAACAUGCCGACAGGGCGAAACGGAACCUCGAUGAGAAAUACUCGUAUCUCGCCGGAAAUGCCUUUGGGCGAGACAAGAAGGGCCGGGUCAAGCGAGAUGACCCUCAUGAGAUGCAGGCGGGCGCAGAAGGCGGAGGCGCCGAGUACACUGCGUAUGUGUACUACGAGUUUGAAUUCAAUUGA